CCGCCUACGAAAUAGACUUUACGGAAGUGUCUAGGAGCGAAUGUCAACAAGAAAGACGAAGAAAAGCUAAACACUUUCAAUAAGCCACAUCGGUGACGAUGACGUAAUAAUGACAAGCUGAUGGAUUUAUCGACCAUAUUGUUUUAAUACAUUUUUGUUUUAGUUUGUGUUUUGAGACCGUCAUCAGUUUGUUAGAAUGGUUUCCCAAAGCCUUUGCGUCCUUGGUCUUUUGAUUUUAUCAGUUCCCAGCACUCUGGAGCUGGCCUUCAGUCCUGUUUCAGCUCAUUGUGAUCGUAUGCCCAAAAUACUACAAACCAGACAAGGAGAGAUUCACAACUCUGCCCAUCAUGCCUGGUCAUCCCACCCACUCAACUGCAGUUGGAUUAUAACCUCACCAGUUGGGGACCGUGUCAUCAUAAGUUUUUCCCAGUUUAGCAUCAAGUGUGGCCGGGAGUGGGUGUCCGUGGUUCCUCUCAACGGCAGGCCCAUAAAACUCUGUGGUUCUCAGCCGCCUGCACCAUUUGAAGUGACAGGAGGAAACAUAACAGUGACGCACCACUUCUACCCUCAUUUGUAUCCAAUAUCUGGGUUCUACCUUUAUUAUAUUAAAGACUCAGGUCGCUGUUUUCCAGGCGAGUUUGAAUGUUACAGUAAUCGUUGUCUCCCGGCAUCAUGGCGUUGUAAUGGACGGGUUGAAUGCCUUGGCGAGGGGGAUGAACUUGGCUCUGACGAGGACGGAUGCGAUGACGUCAGCCCUGAACCUCACAUAGACUAUCCUCUCUCUUCCCUCGAUACCACCACAACUAUGCCAAUCUUUUUAUCCAACACUGAUCUGCCAUCACCUAAAGAACCAGACUUUCCCUUGUUGUCCCAAGGAGGGCCAUGUGGGGGGUACUUGGAUGCAUUUUAUGGGUCAUUUACUCCCCCUGUUCUAACGGGGCGUCCCUUGGAGUGUGUGUGGACAAUUGACCCCCAGGAUUCACGACCGCUCAAACUAGAGCUUCAGCAUCUUGAACUUGGUCCUGGAGACAAGAUUAUAAUCACAGACCAGCCCAAUGGCGCUGGCAAAAUCAUUAAAACGAUCAACCAUGUGUCCAAUAACAAAGCAGUAGAGGUGGAAUCCCACACUGGCUUUCUUUCCCUGAUCUACCAUACCCAGCCUGCGUCGGAAGGGCGGGGUUUUAAUGCAACCUAUAGGAUCACGGAUUACUGCUUCCCGUGGGAGGGGCUUUGUGGGGGAUCGAUGGGAGGCUGUUACUCCCAGAAGCAGCGGUGUGAUGGGCACUGGGACUGUCCUGAAACGGGUCUGGAUGAGGAGGGGUGCGGUGGCUGCCCAGCUGGGCACUUCCUCUGUGGGUUGGGCGGCAUACAGAAAGCAGGCCACCAGCUGAGCCGGCCGGUCUGCUUCUCCAUCCAUGAACGCUGCAAUUACCAGCUCAACUGUGCAGAUGGAAGUGAUGAGAAGGAGUGUACCAUCUGUCAACAUGGGACAUUUCACUGUGACAGUGACAGGUGUGUGUUUGAGAGCUGGCGCUGUGACGGGCAGGUGGACUGUAAGGACGGCACGGAUGAGCUAAACUGCACCGUGACUCUGCCCCGGAAGGUGAUAACCGCAGCUACAGUCGGAAGCUUAGUUUGCGGACUACUGCUAGUCAUUGCGAUGGGUUGUACCUGCAAACUGUACUCGCUGCGCACUCGAGAGUACAGCUUAUUUGCACCAAUCACUCGCCAGGAAGCAGAACUCAUUCAGCAGCAGGCCCCACCCUCUUAUGGUCAACUGAUUGCUCAGGGCAUCAUUCCACCAGUGGAAGACUUCCCUACUGAAAACCCCAAUGAGACUGUCUCACUGUCUCUGAGAGGUAUACUACAGCUUCUCAGGCAAGACAAUGCCGCCUCACCACGGCGAAGACGCAGGCCUCGGUUUGUUCGCAGAGCAGUCCGGCGCCUGAGAAGGUGGGGCUUAAUUCCCCGUUCCGCCCCCAGGUCAACACAGACCACGGCUUCUGCUUCUCAACAGACGGAGGCUGCUUCUUCUGGCUCGGAGGCCAAUCAGUCAAGUCCUGGAGUCUCCUCAGUGGCUACAGAAACGACAACUCAGCCUUUGCCUCUGAAACUGUUUUUAUACCAACAGACAGAAAUGGCACAGGAGCAAGCCGAGGCUCCUCCUCUAUCCCCGCCUCCUCCUGUCCAGCCAGUUGCUACUCGCGAAACACAACUGACACCACCUAUUACCGCCCCCCCAAGCAGCCCCUCUCUGGCAUCACUCUUCCACACGCUUGGGCGGAGCAUCUCUCGUUUUAGACCGCAUUCGUCCCCUACAUCUCAUCCUCUAUCUGUAUCCCCCUCUUUUUCCUCCUCUUCCUCAGAAGAUGAAGUGCUGCUGAUCCCUCUCUCUGAUGACACAACCUCUGAAGAUGAUGUGCCCAUGCUUUUAUGAGAUAUAUGCGUUAGUUCUUCUGAUUUCUGAAUUUUAGUUUCAUUUUUCCCUCCACUCUGAUUUUCGCUCACUCUGCCUUUCAGCACGCGAGCGUCAUCGUGUUUGAUUCUUGCGCUGGCUUGGUGCCUUAUCUUGUAUUAUUUCAUCUUUCUCCUCACAUGAAAAAACAAGUAUUUAAUUACUUUGUCUGAAUAUUUGACAAGUGAUGGUGUGUGUUAACAGUUAGGGCUUAUAAGAGCCUCAAUUGUAAAAAUGUCCUCACAACUUUAGUAAAACAAACAUGUGAGGAGAUUUUAGGUGGUCUUAAAGAUUACAAAAGGCUUACGCAAUGGUCAGGGAAUAAAAAUAUCUUUAGCCAGGUAUAAGAUGUACUCACUAAUGUAGUGAAACAAAACAAACAAGUUUGUGUGUGUGCUGUGCACUUAUGAGCAUUAUGUAUAUUAGAAGAAACAUUUGCACAAAAAAUCUUCCCCCAGCUGGAUUAGAAGAUCUUCCUUUGUUUAAAUCUUUGCCGAUUACAAAUCUCAAAACAUGUUAGCUUUACUUUUUAUUUCUGCAGACUUGGCUGUGUAAUGUGCAUACAUUUGAGUUUACCUCAUACUGCUACAGGCCACAUAUUUUCUUGAGUGUGUUCCCGAGAAGUGCCUUGUAUUGAGCUUCCUGUAUAUCAGUAGACAGUAUGUGACUGCGUAUGUGCUUGCAGGUAGUGCCAAACACACCAAUACACUUGCACAAAUGUUUACACAGAUGUAAAUAUCACCCUGGCUAUGUAAAUGGUAGUGCAUGGCAACUAUGGCAAUAAUUUAAUACUAAAGAACAGUGUGUGUUGUGUGUGUGUGAGAGGUAGAGAGACUAAGCUAGCACCUCAGAGUUGAGACAAUCCCUCUGCAUGGUGCCCGAAGUUUCACUCAUACUUCAUGUGUGUGUACUGCCCAACUGAAUGACAUUACAAUAACUUGAACAAGUCUUUUAAACAUGAAAAAUAUAGAAAUCAUAUUUCAGGAUCCUUUGUAAAUGGAAGACCAGUCGUAGUGCCAUAUCUCUAGUCACCUGUUAUGAUCUCUCCUUUCACUCCUCCUGUUACCCUGUUGAUUUUGCAUGUAAUUUUUAAACUUUCAUCUGCUUGAAUGGUGAUUGUAAUAGAAAGUGGUGAGUAGGUGAUGAACUGGUGAUAGUAAUAUGAGUUUUACUGUAUAUAUUUGCUGAACCAGCUGGAAAUCCACAAAGAUUAAAAUGAUUUGCACUUUUAAGCA